AUGAUGCGACGUGCUCGAGGACUCAUAUUCUGGCCCGGCAUGGCCCAGGAUAUUAAGCAGCUUGUUGAAGCUUGUGAACCGUGCAAAGAACUGCGCGCGAGAAAUUCAAAGGAAACUCUAAAAGUCCAGUCUGAUGGUAAUUGUCCCUGGGACAAAGUCGCUGGUGAUUUCUUCGAAAUCGAAGGAAAAAUCUACCUAGUGGUAAUUGACUGUUACUCCAAUUUCAUUGAAGUUGACCCUAUGCCAACUAUCACUAGUGCACGCACAAUCGCUGUCCUCAAGAAACACUUUGCUCGCUACGGUAUUCCGAGAGUUAUGAUUGCUGAUCCUGGGUCACAGCUGACCUCCAAGGAAUUCCGUACAUUCACCAAGGAAUGGGGGAUAAUUCACGUGGAAUCAUCUCCGGGGCAUCACAGUGCCAAUGGCAAAGCUGAGGCAGCAGUAAAAGUGGCCAAGUACCUUCUGAAAAAGGCACAAAAGGAUGGAACUGAUCCAAACACUGCUCUCUUAGAACAACGCAAUACUCCUCGCGAAGACACUGGAUUAAGUCCAGCGGAAAUGAUGUUCGGUCGAAGGACAAGAACAAUGAUUCCUUGUUUUAAACCAAACCAACCUGCUAAUGCAAGUGCUGCAAUGGAGAAAAGGAGACAGCGCAAGAAAAGUGUGAAAACCUACCAUGAUAGGCGUGCCAAGGACUUGAGCAAAUUGUUACCUGGUCAAACCGUGUAUUUUGAACACUGCGAAAACAAACGAUAG